CGCAUCUCUAGAACCGCGAAGCACUACAGCCCUAAUUCCAGACCCUUGAAAUGGCAGAGGUCUUUGGAAUAGUGACCGGUGCCAUCGGUCUUGCAGGUCUCUUCCAGCAAUGCGUGGAGUGCUUCGAGUACGUGCAGUUGGGUCGACAUUUCGCCCAAGACUUUGGCAUGUAUCAGCUGAAGCUGGACAUUGCCAAACGGAGACUGCAUCGAUGGGGAGAAGCUGUCAAUAUCAACGACAACCCCCGAUUCAACGCCCCAGGCGAGGAUGAUACAUUGGUUCAAGAGGUUCAGGCCAUCCUGGAAGAGAUCGCUCUACUCUUCCAAACCAUCCAAAAGUCCUCCAAGCGCUACACUAUCAAAGCCCCCAAGGAAGAUUUGGAAUGCCUUACCGAGGAGAACCUGCAACCCGUGUUCCGUCGCCUCCACGCUGGAUGGACCAAUACUACUCGGCGUCCCGGUCAGAAAAAGGUCAACUUCGCUAAAAAGGCCUCAUGGGCGCUUUACGAUGCAAAGAACUUUGAGAAGUUGAUUGAGCAGGUAUCGGGGUUUCUGGAUGACCUGGAGAUGCUUUUCCCUGCUGAAGAGCUUAAUCGUCGUCGUCUUGUCAAGCUGGAGAUUGAGGAUAUCGCCGACGAGGAGAGUCUGACAGUCUUGCAUCAGACUGCAGUUGAGGCCGAUCCUCUCCUGGCGGAUGUGGUCAAGGAAAAGGUCAAGGUCAUCAGCGUGAGAAACUCUGUGAAAGUUAUUAAUAGCAGUGAGGACGCCAACGUUAGACUGGGAAACGAUUGGAGCACAGCUGCUCUAAAUGCCGCAAUCGAAGAUCGAACCCGAAAUGAGGCAGAUUCCGUGUUUGCCGAGGGCUCAUCUGUAGUUCAUAUAGGAAACAGAUAUGGUUGAUAGCUAGUAUAAGACACAAAUGUUGCCUGAAGAAA